AUGCCCAAUGAACUAUUCGGUCAAUAUGUACCUAGUUCGAACGAUAUCACGUUAGCAAAAUUGAAUGAACUUCUUACGGGCAAACAACAUAAUACAAAAUGUGAUGGUUGCUUGAUUGAGAUUCUUGGUAUUCGAUUCAAAUGCGAUACUUGUCAUAAUUAUAAUCUAUGUUCAAAGUGUAUGCAACAGCGAGUGACCAGCAAAAAACAUCAGAAUACUCAUCCACUAGUAGUAGCCAGCAAUAAAAGUCUGCUCAAAAUCAAUAUAAAUGAUAUUCUCAAGGGUGAAGUGCUUGGUCACGGAGCGUUCGGUCAAGUAUACAAGGCUAUUUGGUUGUCGAAAAAUCGCGAAGUAGCAUGCAAAGUAAUCGAAGUGACAGCACAUAGACGUCAUUUGGAGGAUAGUUUUCGAAAAGAAUUGAAUGCUUAUGCUGAACUAUCAGGCGCUUAUAUUCUCAAAACGUUUGGAUAUGGGGAACGUCUAAUGGCCAAUGGUAUCAAAGAAUGUUAUUUGAUAACUGAAUUCAUGCAUCGUGGAAGUCUUUCAAAUGUCAUCCACUGUGGAAACGAGAAAACUUCACUUCGACGUAAACUGACCAUGGCAUGUCAUGUUGUUAGUGGUAUGCGCAAGUUACAUGCGCACACAAUGAUUCAUCGUGACAUCCGUCCUGAUAAUAUUCUUGUCUCAAAUAAUUACACAGCAAAAAUCGGUGAUAUGGGUAUAGCCCAUGUCUUUAAUCCGGAGAUAAAGCACACACUAAUGGGUUGUUUGCCAUUCAUGCCACCAGAAUUUCAUCGGUAA